AUGUAUGAGUCUUGACAACAGAAUCAUGGCAACGGAGGCGUCGGUCUCCUCACCUGGGCGCCCCCAGAUCCCAAACCCCGCGCAGAGGGACUACUACUGGGUGCGCUCUUUCGUAGCUGGAGGUGUGGCAGGAUGCUGUGCCAAGUCGACUAUCGCUCCUCUAGAUAGAGUGAAGAUUUUAUUACAAGCUCAUAACCCCCAUUACAAACACCUUGGUGUGUUUGCUACCCUUAAGGCAGUGCCAAAAAAGGAGGGGUUUCUUGGCCUCUAUAAGGGAAAUGGAGCCAUGAUGGUUAGAAUAUUUCCCUAUGGAGCCAUUCAGUUUAUGGCCUUUGACAACUACAAAAAGUUUCUUAGCAAAAGGUUAGGGAUAUCUGGUCACAUCCACCGGCUAAUGGCUGGGUCAAUGGCAGGAAUGACGGCUGUUAUUUGCACUUACCCACUAGAUGUAGUUCGAGCCCGCCUUGCCUUUCAAGUGACUGGAUAUCAUCGCUAUACAGGCAUUGCUAAUGCUUUUCAAACAAUAUACCUGAAGGAGGGCGGCUUCUCUGGUUUCUAUCGUGGGCUGACACCCACAAUUAUUGGCAUGGCCCCUUAUGCAGGGUUCUCCUUCUUCACCUUCGGGACACUGAAGAGUAUGGGUCUUGCCCAUGCCCCUGAGCUCGUUGGCCGACCUUCGCUAGACAACCCGGACGUGCUGGUGCUGAAGCCUCAUGUUAACCUGCUGUGUGGGGGCAUCGCUGGUGCCAUUGCCCAAACUAUAUCUUACCCUCUGGAUGUGGCACGCAGGAGGAUGCAGCUAGGAUCUGCCCUUCCUGAUUCUGAAAAGUGUUGUACUCUUACAAAAACCUUGAAGCAUGUGUAUCACCAGCAUGGGGUCAAGAAAGGUCUGUAUCGCGGUCUGUCUCUCAACUACAUCCGCUGUAUCCCCUCCCAAGCUGUGGCCUUCACCACCUAUGAGUUCAUGAAACAGGCACUGCAUCUGAACUAGACCAGGAGUGCUGCAGGGGCUUGGAGGAGCGUCCCUGUUCUGAGCUGACCCCAUUGGGCAUGCUGCAGCCUUUGGCAUCCCCAUUCCACUGGAACAGUGGAGACUGGCAGCUCUGUUGACCAGCUGCGUCAGCAUUGCCUCUUGUUCAGAUGGUGGGGCACCACAUCACACCACAGUCUGGGCAAACAUGUCACUUUGGACUACAUCCUGGCAACUGUGUCCUUGCUUACUACAUGCAGUGGUUUCCCAGUCUGACUUGAGAAUAGCUCUGUCAAUAGGAGAAUUAAACACAACAGCAUCAUCCACAAAGCAUUGUAGCUACUGCAUCAUCUGGGAUGCUGUAAUCUGAAUGCAUUCAGAUAAUGAUGGGAGAAGUAAUCACCAUUAAAAAGCUGCCUUCUCUAUCCGAGCCCACCCUAACCCCCAUUGGCCCAACUAAAAAGCACCAAACAGUCUCUCACCAGUUAUUAUUUACUUUUAUUUUUUGGCCAACAACACACAAGUAGACUAUAAUCACAUAAAUUCCCAAAAGCAUUUCAACUUCUCCUAUUUUGUGUAUUUUACUUCGUUUUGGGUUCGUAAUUAAUCUCCAAAGUCUUACCUGUUAGUGUCAUUGUGAAUGACCGUUUCAGAUGUGACUGCAAAUCAUAAGCCCACAAACCGCCUCCAUCGUCACAGAUUAAGAAUGAAUAUUUUGGUAAUUGAAGACAAGAUAAGCGAUAUAUUGAGCUUGUUGCUGUGAUGCAGGUUUUGGGUCCAAUGCCUUUGUUUUGUGUGUGUGCUCUCGUGUCUAUUUGCACUAUGCCAAUCAUAAUUGUACAAAAUGAACAAAUGACUUCAUGCUGCCCUCUUUCUCAAUCAGUUAAGCGCACCAUACGUAAAGGAAUGUGCUUUUCUUUUUCAUGGGUUGUUAUUGUGUUCUCUUGCUUUUCAGUGUCCUGAUACAUAUUUUCUGGUUAUGUUUGUCUUUUUCAAAUGUAAUUUUGCUUCAUUCAAUUACGAGUUUUAUUCAGUUCAGAACUGAGUUUAAUGAUUAUGAAUGUGCUGUGCUGUGUAGUGCUUCAGGUGUUGACACCUUAAUCAGGUACCAUCCAUCUCAUUUCAUGAUUUCACAUCUCUUUUUUCACAUGCCUUUUUUUUUUUUAAAUCGGUGUGAAUCAUACUUUGAUAUGUAUCUUUAUUUUUUGGGCAAGCUGCACUUUUAGUCUGGCCUCAUAUUUAUUUAAGUGUACUUCUGAUUAUGUCCACAUGAUGGCAGUGUGGGGCUUGAUCUCUUUUGUUUACAAGCAAUUUUCAAUCCCCCAGCCUUUCUAACAAUAAUGCACACAUUUGAUAUGUGAGAUGUUGGUCCUGGUGUCACACGCUGUAUGUACAGUAUGUGAUGAGUAGAGUGGUUUGCUCCACCAAAGGAAUCAAAGGGAAAGUUUACGCUCAUUGUGCGCUGACACGUAUGCCUUUAUAUACAAGGAUUACGUAUUGUGAGUGUGUGUGUGUGUGUAUAUGUGUUCAUAUUGUGUGUCACAAAUUCACUCAUACAUUAAUGUUUAUAGUGUCACAUAUUGUGCUAUAAAUCACUGUUUCAUUUUUAGCAUAAGCCAUUGAAGCAAACAUUUGAAACAUUGAAAGACUGCAUCAACUUCGUAUUUAAUGCUGUUUAAAAAUUCCGGUUACAUUUGUAAAAUAUUUAAGAUAUACAGCUGCUCUGUCAAUAUGGAUGAGAACAUAUAUAAAGAAUGCACUGUAUGAAACAGUAUAUUAUUGAUGAUGUGGUCAUUAUUUUCAUAUAGGACAGCUUGAUGCAGUAUAGAGAGAUAUUUUAUGUUUAUUAACAGAAUUAACUACUGACUAUGCCUUCAGUAUUUUCAGUCAACUGUUAUUGCUUAUAUUGAAUCAUAUUGAAAUUAAAGCUGUUAUGGUCUUGUCAAUGGAACAGUGUCUUUAUAUAGAUUGAAGCAUGAAGCUUGAAAGCAUGAGCAGAGGUGGACGAAGUACACAAUUCCUUUACUUAAGUAAAAGUAUAGAUACACCAUGUCAAAUAUUACUGAAAGUGAAAGUUGCUAAGUCAGAUUUUUACUUUUGUUGAAGUACAAAAGUAUUUGCUUUUAAAAAUACUUAAGUAUUCAGAAGUACAAGUAUUUUGUAAUUUAUGUAUUCAUGUAUUGUAAUGUAAUGUUUAUGUGGUCAUUACAGUGUUCACAAAUCUAAAAACAUUUUAACUGCUGAAUACAAAACCAGAUAAC